UUGGAGCUGGAAGAUUCUCACUCGGAUCUCCCGCCUAGGGACCUCAAAGUGCUCUGGUGUCCUUUGGAAGACUGAAGCAAAGAAAAGUCUUCACACACCACCCAAGAUGCCGCCGUGUGACUUCACACCUGAAAAAUAUGAGUCUUAUCCUUACGCCCACAUUCUGGAGGUACAGAAGGAGAAUCUUUCCCCGGUGGCCACCGCUUAUUACCAGAAGCCGUUGCUACUCAAUCAGGGGCAUAUGCAGUGGCUCUUUGACUUUGAAGGCCGUCGAUACCUUGACUUCUUUGCAGGAAUCGUCACCGUCGGUGUCGGCCACUGCCACCCAAAGGUAACGGCAGCAGCGCAGAAGCAACUUGGACGCUUGUGGCACACGAGCAGCGUUUACCUACAUCCCGUCAUCCAUGAAUAUGCUGAAAAACUCACGGCACAUCUCCCUGGCUCACUUAAGGUCAUUUUCUUGGUCAACAGUGGUUCAGAAGCUAACGAUCUGGCAAUGGUGAUGGCGAGAGUUUAUUCUGGGAACUUUGACAUCAUUUCGUUCAGAGGAGCAUACCAUGGAUGCAGCCCGUACACCGUGGGACUGACCAACAUUGGACAGUACAAGCCAACAAUUGCCAAUGGGUUUGGAUGCCAAAGUACAAUGUGUCCAGACGUCUUCCGUGGUCAAUGGGGAGGAAGCCAAUGCAGAGAUUCUCCUGUGCAAACCAUUAGGAAAUGUAGCUGUGCUCCAGACUGCUGUCAAGCCCGAGAUCGGUACAUCGAGCAGUUCCAAGAGACUCUGAAAGCUUGUUUACCAAGGAAAAUAGCUGGAUUUAUUGCUGAACCAAUUCAGGGAGUAAAUGGGGCCGUUCAGUAUCCCAAGGGAUUCCUGAAGUCAGCCUACCAGAUGGCACGGGAGCAGGGAGGAAUUUGCAUUUCGGAUGAAGUGCAGACGGGGUUUGGGAGAAUGGGGAGCCACUUUUGGGGGUUCCAGACCCACGACGUCCUCCCCGACAUCGUCACCAUGGCCAAGGGGAUAGGGAAUGGCUUUCCCAUGGGGGCCGUCGUGACCACGACAGAGAUUGCCAAUUCCUUGGCUAAAAGUCAACUUCAUUUCAACACCUUUGGGGGGAACCCUAUGGCUUGUGCCAUUGGAUCUGCGGUCUUGGAUGCUAUCGAAGAAGACGGCCUGCAGAAAAACAGUGAAGAAGUGGGAACGUAUCUGCUCUUGGAGCUCGCUAAGCUGCGGGAUAAAUUUGAGAUUGUUGGAGACGUUCGUGGCAAAGGCCUCAUGGUAGGGGUGGAAAUGGUGACGGAUAAGGAGAGUCGCCAGCCUCUUCCAGCUAAAGAAAUGAACGCAAUCCAUGAUGACUGCAAAAACAUGGGACUUCUAAUUGGCAAAGGGGGACUCUAUGGUCAGACGUUUCGGGUCAAGCCCCCAAUGUGCAUCACUAAGCAAGAUGUAGACUUUGCGGUGGAAGUCCUUCACGCUGCAUUAUCAAGGCACAUGGGAAGAAGAGCCGGCUCGAGAUAGGAGGGUAUUCCAGCCAUUCCCACGCUCCUCCGAGGCUGAGCUGGGAGGGGGUCGUGUCACACCGGGGAAGACUUGGGAAGACCCCGAUGCCUUUCCAACGACGCCCCGAUGAUUUAACCGCCUCGUUGUGAUCCGAAUACAGACGCCGGCCACUCUUUGCGACCCAAACCUAAGCGUCGGCCCCUAUCGCGCCUUAUCUUGCCCCUCUGACAAUAGGCCGGUUCCUCCUUCCAAGAGAAUCAACCUCUCCUGGGCCCCAGGGCCGCCUACAACUAAGCAAGUGAGGAUGCGGUCAUCUUGUCGCACGGAAGGGUUCAUUAACUCCCUAAGCAGGGUGGGGAUCAAGCUUACUUUCAGAGAUGGCUCAUUCAUUGACGCGACACAGGUUGUGACCUCUUGUGAGGUCCUAAAGGCCGACUGAAUGCAGGCCAUGGGAGAGACAUGGUGGCCUGUGGUGGCAUGCAAUGUUGAGGUUAUUUACGGAGUCCGUCAGGCAGUCGAGUGUUGAACAUUACGAAAACCCUAAUUUGGAUCUCUGAGCAUGUUUGGUUUUGUUCUCUGUCUCCCCCUUUUAGGCUGCGAGCCCACUGUUGGGUAGGGACUGUCUCUAUAU